CACAUCCAGUGGCCACUACCAACCGAAAACCAACUAUUUAUUGAACAGUUAACCGAUAUGGGUAUCGACGGGGAAACAGCUCGUAGAGCACUCAACUAUACUGGCUAUCAGUCAAUUGAUUUGGCCAUCGAAUGGCUGUACAGUGAUUCGCCACUGACAUCAACCCAACUGGAGGACAGUCGUCAACUUGUUUUCAAAGAGGAACGGUUGGUCGAUAGACGACUGGCUAGAAUACCUGCCGGCCGGUCAUACGGUAAUAAUAAUAAUAAUAACCAAACAUGCGAUAUAUACAGAAUGAUAUACAUUGUUAAUACAUCGCUGAACAUAACUAGCGGUAUAAUAGCUGCACAGAUAGCCAAAGCAUCGAUAGUAAUGUACGAACGAUUACUGAACGACCAGACAUUGUUUGGCCAGUCGUUGAUGGAGUGGUCAGUAAACGGAAAAAAUACUAUUGUCUACAAAGUUAAAUCCGGCCAACAAUUAGCCGAAUUGUAUGAAUGGGCAUUCAGUUUAGCAUUGCCUACCUAUCCGGUCAAUUAUAGUAGUGAUUUAGCCGACAAACACAGUGUCGUUACCGUUAAUGUCGACACCGCUAAUGACGUUACCGAUAAUGUCGACACCGAUUUAAUUUAA